UGUACUUCCGGUUGGCAGUGUUUUAGAGUCGUGGUGAGAAAAAAAGUUGAAUACGUACUAUUCCGAGAAUCAGAUUGAAAGAAACCAAGAUGAACUUUUCAGAACUAUUCAAACAGACUAACAAUCUGUGCAAAUUUUCUCCAAACGGCCUGUACUUGGCCAACUGUGUACAAUACCGAUUAAUAGUUCGUGACAUAAAAACGCUGCAGAUUAUACAGUUGUACACGUGUCUGGAUGCUGUUCAGUUCAUUCAGUGGUCGUCAGAUUCCAUGUUUAUUUUAUGUGGUAUGUAUAAAAGGGGAAUAAUACAAGUAUGGUCUCUAGAACAGCCCGAAUGGACGUGUAAGAUUGAUGAAGGAUCGGCCGGAUUGACAGCUGUUCAAUGGAGUCCAGAUGGCAGACAUAUUUUGACCACAGCAGAUUUUAAUCUCAGAAUCACUGUAUGGUCUUUAGUCAAUAAAUCAGUGUCAUAUAUCAAGUAUCCUAAAGAGGCUAAACCAGGUAUUGAUUUCAGUAAAGAUGGUAAAUACAUGGCACUUGCUGAGAGAAGAGACUGCAAAGACUUCAUCAGUGUUUUUGUUUGUAACACAUGGCAGCUCGUCAAACACUUUGAAACAGAUACAAGGGAUUUAGCUGGUAUUUCGUGGUCUCCCGACGGGAGAGUGCUAUGUGUAUGGGAUACUCCACUAGAGUAUAAAGUAUUGCUGUAUCUAGCAGAUGGUAGAUGCGUCGCUACAUACAGUGCAUAUGACUGGGCAUUGGGAAUCAAAUCAGUUGCAUGGUCCCCAACUAGUCAGUUUCUGGCUAUUGGCAGCUUUGAUGAAAGGGUGCGAAUACUGAACCAUGUGACUUGGAAGACUGUAGUGUGUCAUCCACAUCCAACAACAGUUGAAAAUGGUGCAGUGGUUGUUUAUAAGGAAAUUGAGAAGAAACCUCCAACGCUAAGAGGAGAGUUAGUCGCACCUGAUAGUAUGAUGUUCAACAUCCAGAGUAAAUAUGACGUAUUACAAGGUUCUGUCGCCGUGCCAACCAUUAAACCAGAUCCCGAUAAGGCAAAUCCAAAGAUAGGCAUCAGUAAAUUAGCUUUCAGCUGUGAUAAUAGAUAUCUCUACUCAAAAAAUGAUAACAUGCCAUGUGCCUUAUGGAUCUGGGAUGUACAUAAAUUAUCCCAUAUUGUACUGCUUAUUCAGGCCAGGCCAAUCAAAUGUGUUGAGUGGGAUCCAUGUCAUCCUAGACUAGCUCUGUGUACAAGUAAUAACAAAUUAUAUAUAUGGUCCCCAGCUGGCUGCGUGUCUGUAGAAGUACCAUCUGAAGCGACCUUUGCCGUUCACUCCUUGAGUUGGCAUCCCGACGGAAAUGCUAUAGUCAUGAUUGGAAAGGAUCAUAUGUGCAUGUGCUUUAUCGACACUGACGAGGAAAGCUGAAAAUACACAUUUUACAACUCAAGCCUGUAUUUGUGGAAGUAAUUGUUAUUUCUAACUUAAUGUACAUAUUCUCUGUAGCCUUUAAUUGUAAUAAUGAUGAAGGAUAUGCGAGGGCGGGGGUGUAAAUAAAGCUGUUUUGAAUGUGUGGAACUGCAAGAUAAUCAGAACUCGAAUGUACGUAAACAGUGUGAGCGCCCUCUAUCAGCACAAAUUAGAUUACUAUUUUGAAGGGCUGUGGUAGUCAGGCAGCACUUGUUUGAAUUUUUUGUUAAGAGACAAUGUAUUUCUUGCAUGCUGUAUAUGUCACAUGGACCCAUCAAACCUUUAAACUUGAAUUUGUGAUCAAAUUAGACAUUUAUUGGCUCAUACAACAAAAUUCAUGAAACAGUUGAACAUUUUCCUUUUUUUUUAGUUAAUUGUAUUUGAUACUAAUUCACUUAUUUACACCAAUCACUUAUAUUUAAUUAUGUUUACCAGUUUUAACUAGCA